GAGGAACUUGGUGCGGCCGAGCAAGAGGUGGAGAAAGGCAGGGAACAUAUCAGAAGCACACAGAAUGAAGGCGACAUUCAAAUUCGGAUUUUGUUGGACAAGAUUGCGAAAAUGGAAGCCGAUAUCCGAAAUGGGAGCAGUAUAAAGAAAGAACUUCAAGAGGCCCAUAAUGGAAAACGGGGUUUGGUCAAAGAGACGCUGGAGUUGACUAAUAAGAUCCAGCUGGCGACUAAAGAGUUGGAUAAUUCUCUUGCGGAUGUUAAAAAGAUUCCGGAAAUGCGUGCGGAUGUAAGGAGAUUCCGGGAAAUGCGUGCGGAUGUUAAGAAGAUUCCGGAAAUGCGUGCGGAUGUUAAGGAGAUUCCGGAAAUGCGUACGGAACUUGAUAGCUUGAGGGAAGAACAUCAGAGGUUACGCAAGACGUUUGAACAUGAAAAAGGCGUAAACACAGAAAAAGUGGAACAAAUGAAGACUUUGGAGAAAGACCUAAUCGGCUUGUCUGCUGAAGUCGAAAAGUUGCGCACUGAGGUGUUGAAUGCUGAGAUGAGGGCUAACGCUCCAAUCCCAUAUAGCGGUCAAUACGUAAACACAGGUAACGUAUAUCCACCUGCGUAUUAUGGAAAUGGUGGCUAUCCGGAAAGUUUCUGUGUGCCUCAUUUUUAUCCCUAUGCUGUUGGUGGAUUUUCGGUUGGGCCUCAAGUAUUCGGUGGUCCGCUAGUUGGAGGUAAUGCCACAUCCGGUGGUGGAUUUUCAGUGAUCCCACCUGAAGUUAUUGGCGGUGAUGCUGGCGGUGGAUUUGCAGUGGCUCCCCCACAAGUUGUCGGAGUUGAUGCUGCUGGUAAUGUUUGGGGAGGGGUGUACAAUAAGUCCGGUGCUCCUCAGAUGUAGACGAUUAUUUAUUUAGGAAUUUGGAGGCUGUUUUGCUAUAAGGUAUUGAACAUUUAAACUAACCUGUUAAUUAAAUCAUCUCAAAUUAUAAUAGUUCUUCACAAAUGGUUUUAUACUUUCUUUGAAGUUAUAACUUAUAUUAACAGUUGUUGUAGAGAACUUGUUUGUUGGGCUGAAAUGUUAUUUGUUUGGUGUUAAUGGUAAUAUUUACAAAGA